CAUUGUUUUACUUCGCUAACCCAUAUUGUCGGCAUUUCUAGCGAAGCAACAAGCUCUUGUUUACAAUCAUUAUCUGUUACCAUUACCACCUUUCCCUCCCGAAACCAGCGACUGCUUCCGUUUGCGGGCGUUGCAAUUCCUUGAUCUCCUGUCGAACCAUCUCUGCAUACCCACUCAGAAAUCAAACCAAUUUGACUGUCUGAUCAAGUACUUGUGGAAUACCAACGGAUCAAAAGUUUUACUUCGCAAAAUUCACAUACACGAUGGGUUUCUUCGAGAAGUUACAAGCAAAAAUCGAACUUUACCGCCUAGAGCAGCGCUAUGCUCGUCGCAAACACCGGAGCACAUUCUCAGGUGUCCAGUACGUUGACGGUGAAUAUGUAUAUACCAACGGAUCGAACUCGCCAGGGUCAGUCUCCAAGCACUCCACCGGCAGUUACUGGAAAUCCCCUUCGUGGGGUGUAUCAUCAUCCAGCGAGUCGCGUUGCCGGUGACGAAACCAUUUAAUUUGACGUUUUUCUGCGCUUGCUUUUGACUAUAUAUCC